AUGAUUGGACUAUUAAGGCUUCUAUUUUUUUCUUUAUUUUUAAUGUUUUUCUUAUUUCUUUUGUUUUUUUCAUUUAUUGUAAGGGUAAGAGGGAUAAAUUUAGCACCGAGUUGCAACGUUGGCUCUAUGGAUGCUAGUUUGGAACGGUCCUCUAUUCCUAUCAUAUGUACGGGUACUGCAUCUAAAAGGCCCGAGUCGUGUAUGGAGUCAGGUUUAGGUACAGAACGGGACGAAGAAGUAGAGUAG